AAGGACAUCCCAACUCUCAGACAAUUGUCCUCCCACAAACAACACAUGCUCCAUCCUCUUGGUUCAGCUGGUGUUCAAGGUGCAGUCUCUGGGGAAUUAGACUAAUAACAAUACACGUUUAACAGGGGACACUCAUCAAAGUUCAUUGGGAAAAAAACAAGAACCAAACAGCACCUGACUGAAAGCAGACGUCUCACACUUGUUUGGGUAGCAGAUUUGGAGGAAAAAUGGCACUUGUCUUGAGCUUUCUCUGCGCCUUGUGCCUGGUUGGGCAAGGUUUUGGCCAGGAUAUGCCUCAUGAGGAAUAUAUGGCCCAGAUCCAAGCCUGCCCUAAGGAGUGUAGCUGUCCCCCCAACUUCCCUCGUGCUGUCUACUGUGACAAUAAGGGCCUGAAGAGUAUUCCAAAAAUUCCUCCACACACAUGGUAUCUCUACCUGCAGAACAAUUUAAUCGAAGUGCUGUCGGCAGAUGCCCUUCGUAACGCCACACAGCUGCGCUGGCUGAACCUGAACCGCAACAAAAUCACUACUGAAGGAGUGGAAGAAGGUGUCUUAAGUACAAAGCCUCACCUGGCGCACCUCUACAUGGAUGACAACCUCUUGUCCUCGGUGCCAUCUCCCCUUCCAGCCAGCCUGGAGUAUCUACGUCUGUCCCGUAAUCGCAUCUCCAAGAUCCCUCCUGGUGUCUUCAUUGGUCUGGAUAAACUUAACCUCUUGGACCUCCAGGCGAACAAGCUGAUGGAUGAUGCUGUGACCGAAGUGAGCCUGAAAGGUCUAAUCAACUUGGUACAGAUCAACCUGGCCAAGAACCAGCUGAAUAGCAUGCCUAUUGGCUUACCACCCACCACUACCCAGCUUUUCCUUGAUGGCAACAACAUUGAGAUCCCAGCCGGCUACUUCAAAGGUUUACCAAAAGUGGCCUUUCUGAGGCUCAACAACAACAAGCUUGGCAGCGGUGGAGUACCCAGAGAUGUGUUUAAUGUCUCCAGCAUUUUAGAUUUGCAGCUUUCCCACAACCAGCUGACUGAGGUUCCCCUCAUUCCCGCUGGCCUUGAACACCUUCACCUCGAUCACAACAACAUCAAAAGUGUUAGUGGUGCUAACAUCUGUCCUGUCGCCGUUGAGACUGUGGAAGACUCCGCCAACGACAGUGUUCCCCGCCUGCGCUACCUCAGACUGGACGGAAAUGAUAUUAAGCCACCAAUUCCCAGAGAUGUCAUUCUUUGCUUUCGUCUCCUUAGGUCCAUUGUCAUCUAAGAUGAAAAAAAAAUCCAAUCAUCAGCUUGUUCUAGGCAAAUUCAAAUGUUCUCAAAAAUGUUGAUGAUCCGUGAAUCGGGCAUGAGUAAUAUUUGCAUGUUUGUAAGUUCCAAUAUUUAACAGUGGAUAGAACAACCUAAGAAAGAUUUUUCAGUUCCAGAUAACAUUAAAAAUGUUCAGUCAAAUUUGAACUAAAAACAAAGUACAAUAUUUACAAGGAACAAAAGAUUUAAAAGCUAUUGGCGCUUUGUUGACCACUACUUGUGCCUUAUGUUGGAGUCACAUCUUCACAUAUAAUUCAGACUGACAAUCUGAUUAUAAUGUAAAAGUGAUUCGGAUGGAUAUGAGAUCAAAAUGUGUUAAUAGCAAGUUGAGGACUCAUUAUUGUAUUAUUGUUUGACCAGGAGGCAACGUUUAUUAUUGCACCUGCAAAAUGUCAGUUUUUUUUAUAUUUCAGGAAAACCUUUGCAUUAUACUUUUAGACUUCAAGCCAAAUGAAUGUCUUGUGUUUCAGGUUUGUGGUCUUAUUUACUUCAGACAAUGCUCUAUUCUGCAGAUAUGCAUAUUUACCAUAGACAAUUCAUUUUAUUUAAUAUUUUAGGAAAAUAAGUAGAAACCUCAUGGCCAAAAUCCCUAAUGAUUUUAUAAGCAAUAAGUGUUUAGUUUUUUUUUAUUGUCAAACACGUUUUUAAUUUUGGUGGUUUUUUGUUUGAAUGAACCGAGCGAAAGAGUAUAUUAUUGUCUUCAUUUGAAUAAAACAUCUAAAAAUGA